CAAUAUGCUAUUAUGUUUCUACAGCCUCUAGAUGACGAUGGUCGGUAUGCUGACGUAGAUGAAAAACCAACUACUCCAGACCCUCUCUCCCUGCUUUUGGCAGACUCCAAGUUCGCCUGUUCUGGGAAGAAAGAUGGUUACUAUGCCGAUGAUAGCGUCAAUUGUCGGGUCUUCCACUACUGUGUAGAGGGCGCUCGUCACUCAUGGAUGUGUCCCACGGGUACAGUAUUUCACCAGGUUCAUCUAAACUGUGUGCCGUCUAAUCAAGAUAUAUGUGAUCGAUCAGAGAAAUUUCACGUCGUUAACGACUACUUGUACAAACCGCUCGAUUUUAAAGGCCCCAACAAAACUGCUCGUUACUACCAGCGUUACUACCCUAAAGAGUUCCUUUUGGGACCUCCCACUCCCACCCAGUUUGGAUUCCCACCACUUUCUCCCAGUGAAUCUGCUGAAGGGCCUUCCGAUGCCAAGCCAGCUUCUCAACCUAUUGUCUAUGGUGGUGGCCCUUCAUCCAGACCUGCACCUCAACCUGACGUUUAUGGUGGUGGCCCUUCAUCCAGACCAGUGCCACAGCCCGACGUCUAUGGUGGUGGUCCUUCACCCAGACCUGCACCUCAACCUGAAGUUUAUGGUGGUGGCCCUUCAUCCAGACCAGUGCCACAGCCCGACGUCUAUGGUGGUGGUUCUUCAUCCAGACCUGCACCUCAACCUGACAUUUAUGGUGGUGAUCCUUCACCCAGACCAGUGCCACAGCCCGACGUCUAUGGUGGUGGUCCUUUGCCCAGACCUGCACCUCAACCUGACGUUUAUGGUGGUGGCCCUUCACACAGACCUGCAUCUCAGCUUGACGUUUAUGGAGGUGGCCCUUUACAUAGACCUGCAUCUCAGCCUGACGUUUAUGGUGGUGGUGGUCCUUCGCCCAGACCUGCACCUCAGCCUGACGUUUAUGGUGGUGGACCAUCACCAAGACCUAUACCUCACUCUAAUGUCUAUGUUGGUGACCUUCGAUCCAGACCUGCACUUCAGCCUACUUCCUAUGGUGGUGACACUGAGCCCAGACCUGUCGCUAGGCCAAUAUCUUAUGGUGGUGGUCCUGCAUCAAGACCUGUUUCGAGGCCUAGCUCCUAUGGCGGUGCUCCUGCAUCAAGGCCAAACUUUUAUGAUGGUAUUCCUGCAUCUCAGCCACAACCCCAGCUCAUUGCUUUUUUACCCCAACAGUCUUUUCGGCCUCGGUCUCGUGCACGUUACUAGCCCCCCCUCUCGCGAUACUUCUGUUUACCUUAGCCUUCCUAAACUCCCACAGCUGCCAGAAAUCCCCAGUAUACGCCAGGUUCAGCUGCGUUCUCAAAUAGGUGAUGAUUCAGGAGCUAGAAUACCUAUUAGAUACAACCCCAACGCUUAUGGGGGUUCCUUAGGGGCCCAACCAGCAUCUCAGAAUGAUGGCAGCGCUGGUGUACAAUAUGAUGACAAGUACAACUAGUUCAACAUAUUGUAAUCAUUGUUUAAUGUUUCAUGUUUGACUCCACACAUCUCAUCAGGCUGUAUCUAACCAAAUAUUGAUUCGCUGGACUUCAGAAAUACCAAUAUAAACUUUAAAUGAGUAACACGGUUAAUAAGAUAGUGAACAGAGUGGUUCCAAAUACAUCUGUACUUACCAAACGAACUUUUUUUUUCUAACCCAGGAGGCGCUUUAAACGUAAAAAAAACAAUUGUAAUUCGAAGAGUUAAAUUUAUCGAUGUAACUUUAAGUGUGAUGAUUGUUUACAACCUAUCUGUAA